UCCACGUGUCACUUCGAGACUCGCACACUCCCUCACUGCCCAAUCUUCAGUCUCCCUGCUACUGGUCUUUCCCCCAACCUGACCACCACAUUACACUCUGUUCAAGCUCUCUCCUGUCUGCUCAGUCCCUUUACCAGCUGCUCCUGUAAUGGCCAGGUCUCUGCUUGCGCCUCUAGCUGGCACAGCACCGUCUCUGCACUCUUCGUUGUUCUCGAAUUUCCCUCUAUAUUCCCAUUCCUUUCCCUCCAGGACCCUUUCUUCGGCUGUCCACAAGCCUUCUAAUUGUUACACCCACUAUUCUCUAACUUCACUUCAUCGACGCCUCUCUCCUGUUUCCGCUCUAGAUUCUGACGUCCCUCACCCUCUUCACCAGGGAUCAGCGGAUGUAAAGGACAGUAAGAGAUUUAAACAAUGGGAUUCGUGGACAGCGAAAUUUUCUGGAGCUUCGAAUAUACCAUUUUUGUUGCUUCAAAUGCCUCAGAUUAUACUCAACGCGCAAAAUCUAAUGGCUGGAAAUAAAACUGCCUUGUUGGCUGUUCCAUGGCUGGGGAUGUUUACUGGGUUGCUUGGAAAUCUUUCUUUGCUUUCCUACUUCGUGAAAAAGAAGGAAACGGAAGUAAUUGUGGUGCAAACGCUGGGAGUUGUUUCUAUUUACAUAGUAAUUACUCAGCUUGCAAUGGCAGAAGCUAUGCCUCUGCCUCACUUUGUUGCCACUUCAGUAGUUGUGGCAACAGGUUUGGUGUUGAAUUUCUUCAAUUACCUUGGAAAGCUUAAUGCUGGAAUCUGGCGGGUUUGGGAAGAUUUUAUAACUGUGACUGGACUCUCGGCUCUUCCCCAGGUCAUGUGGUCUACAUUUGUGCCGUAUAUUCCAAGCACUAUCUUGCCUGGAGCAAUGGCAUUUGUGGUAGCUGUAGCAGCUGUUAUAAUGGCACGAACAGGCAAGCUCUCAGAGAAGGGUGUUAAAUUUGUUGGAGGAAUAUCUGGAUGGACGGCAACUCUUCUUUUCAUGUGGAUGCCAGUUUCACAAAUGUGGACAAAUUUCCUGAAUCCUGAUAACAUCAAAGGCUUAUCAGCUUUUUCAAUGUUGCUUGCAAUGAUUGGAAAUGGACUUAUGGUCCCACGUGCACUCUUCAUUCGUGAUUUUAUGUGGUUCACUGGGUCAAGUUGGGCUGCACUCUUUUAUGGGUAUGGGAAUAUUUUAUGCAUGUUCUGUUUCAACAGUAUCAGCAGAGAAUUCUUUCUUGCAGCCACUGUUGUUUUGGUUUCAUGGAUAGGAAUGGCUCUGUGGAGAGACACUGUAGUAUAUGGAUACAACUCGCCUCUGACAUCCUUGAAAGAGUUGGCUUUUGGCUCAACUUGAAGUUCAAAGCAAUGUAGCCAUGGAGAAUAGAUGAAAGAAAAACAACCCGAUCCCCAGAUCUUAAUUCUGAAGCAUCAAAUGUGAAAAUGUACCUGCAUUACUGAGGUGCCAUUUCUUGCUCAAGAUUGCAGCCGCUGUUUUGAACCGCGGAAAUUUCAAUCGGAAAGCUUGUUGUUUGGAGAUCACCUGAUGCACCGGUGUCCUAUGAACAUUAUUAGUCCUAAUCAAUAUGGUAAGAGAAAACUAGGAUGGGGAUAUAAUUAAUAUUUGUAAUACCUGGAGGUGGUAUUCUUAAUACUCGAUUGUUGAGGGGCUCAUUGAAGUUACGGAGCAAAAUAGUUCCUGUUCGGGAAUGAAUUAUUUUAUUUGCAAUAAAAGGUCGAAUUCAUUUCAGUGAA